AACACCCCUUCCUCCUACCUACAAAACAUCCUCAAAUCUCCAACACAACAUCAAAAUGAGGCACUGCAUUUCAAGACAUUGUUUUUUCACACUAGCUUUGUUUGUGUUGCUAACCACAAGCACCCAUGGUAUUGUUGUGCCAACCCAAAACCAACCGAGAAGCUUUGCAAACCAAUUUCUGAUCCCCCAGAAUGCAGCACGUGCGUCGGUGAGGCAGCGUCCCUUGGUGUGGGACUACAAACUGGUACGGUACGCCCAGUGGUAUGCAAACCAGAGGCGAAGUGAUUGUGCCCUGGAGCAUUCGAAUGGGCCUUAUGGUGAGAACAUAUUCUGGGGCAGUGGGACGGGGUGGAAGCCAGCACAGGCUGUUAGUGCAUGGGUUGAAGAGCGUCAAUGGUACAAUUAUUGGCACAAUUCUUGUGCGGAUGGAGAGAUGUGUGGACAUUAUACUCAGAUUGUGUGGAACACUACUAGGAAGGUUGGUUGUGCUAGCGUUGUUUGCUCUGGAGGGAAGGGCACCUUCAUGACCUGCAACUACGACCCUCCUGGUAACUACUAUGGAGAAAAACCUUACUGAAUUUCUCUAAUUAUAACCACUCAGACAACACAUUAUCCUGCCCAUGUUCUCCUCUGCCAUCUGUUUCCCAUGUGGCUUUAAUUCUGCCUCUGUCUCUUGUCUUCAAUCCUGUAGCUACUCUGUAUCCUUGUUUUUAUUGCUUGUCUAAUAUCAACACCAAAUUUCUAAUAGUAAUAUGCUUUCUUUCCUUUGC